GUAACGAAUUGUCCAAGAAGGAAGGAAGCAGGAAGCAGGAAGUAGGACCCGUGACCAGCUCCUGCGGCCUCAGGCUUCUAGACUCGUCUCAACCAAGCGCCCCACCGGCCCCGAUAGCGCGACAAAGGCUAAAGCUCUCCCCAACAUUAUUUCCUCUUAUUCGAUACCGCUGCCUGCGCCAAGCCCUGCGUUGCUAUUCUUAUUGCCAUCCUGUUCAUUCCUCUCAUCCCUUUUGUUGUCUACGUUGCUGUUUGCGCCCUCUGUCUGGCUUCCAAUACACAUACACACACACACAUCACUGAAGACUGGUCAUUCUUGCCAUCUAUAAUUCAUCCACAAUGGCUGCUCCUCAUUCAACCUCGCUCCGUGCCCUGCGUGCUCUGUCCCAGCAGCACACUCCCGCCACCACCCUCUACUGCCGUCGCCGCCUGCACAUCACCGGCGCCUUUUCUGCCCAGCCCGUCGAUGGCUCUGGCAAGACCGGUUCUUACGCAUCUCGCACCCUGCCAGAGCUCAAGUCCGAAUGCCAAAGACGAGGUCUGGUAGCUGGUGGCUCCAAGGCAGAUCUGGUCGAACGUCUAUCGACCAAUGACGUCUUGAAUAGACGUGCUUUCAGCAUUGCGAGAAGCCGCAUCAAUGGUAAUGUCUUUGGAGGACCCUCUGAAACCCGCCAAUUCAACACCUCCCGUGCUAGCAAGGCAGUGAACGACUCCUCAACCCUCGACUUCGUCUAUAUGCCUUCCAUCGUAUCUCUCGAAUCGCAGCCAGCCCCAGCUCAGCUGAUUCCUAUCCUGGGUGAGAACCAAUAUACCUUCGACGCACCCCAAACUCAGGAGGCAUCGCCGCCGAUGAAGCCACAGAUCUAUGCUGUCUCCGAGACUUAUUCGGACAUGUCCGCCAGCCCUAUGAGCGAGGUGGUUGACAAUCAUGCACUUGAAAUUGAUCCUUUCAAACUGACCGAAACUGUGGGUCGCUCACGCGCCGGUGAGAAUGAAAAGAAGCUACUGGCCCAUCAGACCCAGAAGGGCAUCAUAGGAGAGCUUUUCACUGGCAUGAUGGAUGACCUCUGGAGCUCUAAGGCUACUAGUAGUAGUUUGGCCAGAAAAUGACCCUAGUACCUUGUAUGCCUAUUGAGUCUAAGUGACGUAGUAUUCGAAUUGGGGUCACGACCCCACUCGUUCAGCAAGCUGUCAAGCGCUUCAGCAUUGUUAAUUAUUUUGACUUUCUACUGUCCAAGUUUUGAUUGUUGCGAGUCGGUCAAGAAUGACAACAAGGAAUAUUUUAGUUUAAUUGGAGACAUUUUUUUAACAAAGAUAUUGUUGGAGAUUUAUACUCUUUUCCUAGC